AUGGCUUCCCUCACCCCACCAUCGCUGAGCAGGCCUCCCUCCUCGUCCGCAAGCCGUGGCCCACCGCCACCCAAAUCUCAGCCCGCCGAAGGAGUCAUCCGUGUCCAGCAGAGCGUCACUGUAGAAGAGGUUGUGGUCCCCGAAAAUGCAAACCCCAAUCAAUCUACUCUAUUCGGCGAUGCCAGUCGAUUCUAUCAAGCCACUGUUUGUGCGACUUCUCGCUUUGCCCAUGAUUUGUUCUCUGCCACCACUCUUAGAGAGGACCCGGGUGAUGAUGAGUCUACCCCGGCAAGAAACAAGAGAUGGAUUGUGACAGCCGUGCUUCUGGCACUGGUCAACUUGAUCUGUACCAUGGUCGACACCAUGCUGCCUGUCAUGCUCCCGGAGAUCAUGUAUGACUUGGACAUUCAAGGAUUUCAAUGGGUUCUGGCUGGAGUGGCAACUGGAGCUGCCGCCACAACUCUUGCAGCUGGCCAGCUCUAUGGUGUCUUCCCCUUCAAACAGGUCUACGCGCUUUUCGCCGUCCUGUUCUUGAUUGGCACCAUUUCUCCGGCUCUCGCUUCCAACAUGUUGUUCAUUUUCUAUGCCAGACUUGUCCAAGGAAUUGGCAUGGCUGGGCUUAAGAUGGGAGCAAUGAUCUUCUUGGAUCACGAAGGCUCAUUCACCGACAAGUCCAGACGUGACUUCUUUGUCCUUGUCAGUGGUGCUAUUGGUCUCAUCCUGGGCCCUUUCCUCGGAAGUUUGUUUGCUGCAAGACACCGUUUCUGGGACUGGGCGUUCUACACGACUUUUAUGUUGCUGGCUCUGGUUUUCGUGCCACUGGUAUACAUCCUUCCGAACCGUCUCCAUGUUCCACUGGCAGUCUCGACCUGGUCUCCCCAAGGUACCCUCGCCUGGCGCGUCUUGUCCUUGAAGAUGGACACCCUUGGUAGUGUUCUCAGCUUCACAGGCCUUAUGACCUUGUUUAUCUCAAUCAAUCUGGCGGGUACUUACGCAUCAUGGUACGACAGCUACACUUACGUUCCGAUCUCGGUUGGUGGGGCAGUGUUGGUAUCGCUGGUCAUCCAACAAACCAUGUUCGCCAACAAUGAACCAUGGGCACGUCUGUUUCCUUGCGGAUACUGCCGCCACAUCAAAUCCAUGGCAUUGUUCAUGCUCACCUGCUUCAUCUGUGGCAUCUUGCAAACCACCCUCCCAUAUACAGCCCUGUAUCAACUGCUUUCUGGAGCCAAAGGUUCGGCAGUGGAUACCGCUGUUUACCUCUUCUUCAACUUCAGUGCUCCUCACCUGAUCCCUACCCUCCUCGUCCCCGUUUAUGUGGGAAGUGGUCUGGUCACAUCAUACCCUCUGGUUCCAAGUUACAGUAUCUGGAGUCUCGGAACCGGUAUAUUCCUCAUGGCGGGAACCGCAAUCUUGUUUCUCAACACCCCGACCUUCUUCCCUGAACCGUCUGGAAUGCCACGCAUCCUGCAACAGUUCUCGCUGGCAAGUAUUGGCUGGUGGUCAGCCAUGACUCUGUCCUUGGCUCAUCAGAUCAUCGACGUCCUUCAACCCGCCAAUUCAUCCAUGGGACCCGAACGAGCCAGCUACCGUCAUCCUUACCAUAAUCGAAGCUUCAUCCAAUUCGCAGCAUACCUCGGCGCAGCCAUUGCUCUGACUGGAACGGGAAACCUCUUCAUGACUCUGGGUCCGCGCUGGGAACUCCAAGCGAUCAGAAAAGAUCUUGCCGAGUUCCCCAAUCUCUACUCCAGUGACACCAGGCCUGAUCACGAAGAUGCCCGGGUCGCGUUGCUCGGCUAUACAUUCAUCCGGAAUGGAACCACGCCAACACUCUUUGAAGCGACGAUCGACACGAUCAAAGAAACCUUCGGAUGGAGUUCGCUGGUUGGUCUGAGCAUGGCCACAUUGGCGUUCAUCACUAGCGUGAUCUUGGUGGUCUACAAGAUCUGGACUGGCGACCUCGACUGGCGCAACCGUGUUGUCGGAAAUGUGCCACGUGAAUGGAGGGUGGAGGAGCCGGCGUCUUCAUCUGGUCAACAAGCCAACGAAACUGUGUACGGUGAGGAUGGAAAUGGUCCGGCGAUCGAACUGGUUGAGAGAACUGGUACUGCCACUCCUGCUGGUACUCCAACUGGAACUGGUACUGCUACUGCUACUGCUACUCCAACUAGAACUAGAACUGGAACUGGAACUCGCGACCGAGACAACUAUUGCGGAGACACUCACGGCGGCAAUGCCCCGGUUAACGAUGGAAACACCCAUGGCAUCACCUGGGCGGCAACUACCAAGACUGGUAGACGAGCUGCUUAA